AUGUGCCAGCAGACUUUUGCCGUGCUGUGUGUUGACGAAGGCAGUUGGCCGCAUGAUAUCAUGAAGAUCGACACGGGGGCAGGAUGCAAGAUCAUGUCCAGGUGCAAAGGGCUCACUCGAGCGUGCUUGAUGGCCGACCACCUGGACAAGGAAGCCUUGCAAUCCAUUCGCGACUGCUUCGAUCGGCUCGUGACCUUCAUGGAAUGCGCCGACAGGAUCACUGGGGUCACAGCCGACCUUGGGAACCUGUGGCUGAAGCACCACUCCGCGGUUCGGAGCGUGAUCACGGAGCGACCCGUCUACCUGACGCCUAUCAUCCAGUUGCCCAUGAUCUCCGCGGCUUUCAAGAGUUGCGAGCAGGUCUUGCUUAUCACCUGGGGCUCCCAAGAGCAGGUGAAGACUUUAAAGCCGAGCUUUAUCGCCGGCUGCAACAUCAAGAUGGACUUGGACCGCCUUGAUAUUCUGGGUGUGGAUGCUUCGCAGGACUCUCGUUGGACGCGGUACUUGAACUUCGACACGGACGCGGCGGAGGAUGAGGCGCUCGGUGCUUCGCUAGUGAAGAUGGUCCAGGAGCGCAUCGCGGAGGUGAACGUGGAGGGGAAGAAGGACAUGCUUAUCAAGAGUAUCAUCGUGACGACCCGGCUGAGCAUCUUCAGCGGCUUGCUAAGGCAAGCAACGGAUCUCCCCGUCUUCAACGAGCUGACGAUGCUGGAUCUCUUUGCUUCUGCAUCGGGGCUGAGCCACUACAACGACGCCAAAGUCUUGUGUCGUUUGGACGAGAAGCUCGGCCGAUCUCCACGAUCACCGACACCAGCAUCGCCUACGGACAGUCGUGUAGGCUGCAAACUGGGGCUCCUCCAGUUGGAGUACGAGUAUCCUCCAGCUUUCGGAGACAUUGAUCACCCAGGCACCUUUGGCUUCAAGACCUGCCCGCGUGUGGUGAAGGGGCUGACGUUCCAGAAAGCCCAGGAAGGAUCCUUCGAUACGGACAUCCUUGAAAACAUGACUUCAGAAAUCAGGCAGCUGGAGCAGGAGGGGGUGGUUGGCAUUACAGGCAACUGUGGCUUCAUGAUGCAUUAUCAAUGCUUCGCGCGCUACGUGUCGCCGGUUCCUGUGUUUAUGAGUGCACUGAUCCAGGCAGCAACGAUGGCUGCCGCCAUGGAGCCGGCAGAAAGGGUGCUUAUCCUGACCGCCAAUGCAGAGAGCUUGCAGCCUGGUAAGGACAAGCUGCUUCUUGAGAGUGGCAUUGAAGUGACGAACUCGGAGAAGUUUGUCAUUCGAGGCUGUGAGAAUCUUCCUGGUUUCGAGGCUGUAGCCAAUGCAGAGAGAGUGGAUACCAUCCGUGUUCAGAAUGCGAUCAGUGCCUAUGUCCUGGAGAUCUUGAAAGAGGAAAGCAACAGAGAGGGCUAUGGUGCUAUCAAGAUGGUCUUGUUGGAAUGCACAGAACUCCCACACUAUGCAGAUGAGCUCCGGCGCAUCACCGGCUUGCCGGUCUUCGAUGCCGUGACCUGUGUGAAUUACUUCUUCUACGCGACAGCCGCGCAGAACUGGAACACGGAGACUUUCACUCCGCACAACUUGUCCUUCUGGACAAAAAACUUUGACGAGGAGGGACGGGUGCGUGCGGGCGGCAUAUGCAGCGGUGACGGCUGCACGCGGUGA